AUGCAGAUAAACCCGGUGCUCGUGGAGUCUGCUGUAGUUCUGGCGGCGGUGCUGUGUGUCCACACGGUGGUCUGGAACCAGCACUCCUGGUGCAGCUUGGCCCUCGUCAUUCAGGCGUUCUACGUUCAGCACAAAUGGGACCGUCUGCUCAAGUCUGGGGCUGCCGUGUUUCAGUUUCGCCCUGCAGCGAGCAGCGGCAUCGUUCCGGCCUCCAUGGUGAUGCCUUUGUUGGGUUUGGUGCUAAGAGAAAAGUGUUCUGCCUCGGGGAACGUCUACUUUGAGCGCUUCUCCAUGGUGAUCACCAUCACGGGCAUGAUGCUGGCCCUGUUCCUCUCCCUGAUUGCGCUGGGCAUCACCAGACCCGUACCCACCAACACUUGUAUUGUUGCUGGACUGGCCAGCUGUGCAAUCCUCUACACAACAAGGCAGACUCUGACAGUGUCAGAGGUCAUCGAGGUCUUGGAGGUACUGCUGAUCUUCGUUUACCUCAGCUUGAUUGUACUUUACUUGUUGCCGCGCUGCUUCACGCCUGGAGAGGCGCUCCUCAUUGUUGGUGGGAUCAGUUUCAUCAUGAACCAGCUCAUCAAGCGCUCCCUGAACUUGUCGGAGGUCAAAGGGGAUCCAGUGAACUAUUUCCUGCCAGUUGUGGUGGUGGGCUCGCUGUUGCUGGGGGUUUUCUUUGCUCUGCUCUUCUGCUUCAUGGAGUCUGAGACUUGGGUGUCGUCCCUUUUCUUCCACAUGAUGACGGCGGUUCUGGUUCUGGGGAUCCUGAUGCCGUGGCUGUCCUUGUUCAUCGGCCGGCACCCCAUCAUGUGGCUGUUGGACUUCCUCACGCUAAACGACAAGAGACUCUGUUUGCUGGGUUACUGGGUGUUUCUGGCUGUUGUGGCCACUUGUGUUGUGUUGCAUCAGAACUAUCGGCGCCAGUCGGGAUCCAAGAAGCACCAGGCCUCAACGGUAGUCAGGAAGUACUUCCACCUGAUUGUUGUGGCCACGUUUGUUCCAGGCAUGAUAUACGACAGGCAGCUGCUGCACGUGGCGUCCGUGGGCUGCUUAGCUGUUUUUUUGUUCUUGGAGUACGUGCGCUACUUUCGCAUCAGGCCCCUCGGUCAGCUGCUCAGGCAGCUGCUCACCUUGUUCCUGGACGAACGGGACUCUGGGCCCCUCAUCCUCACUCACGUUUACCUGCUGCUGGGCAUGUCUCUGCCUAUUUGGCUGUUUCCCGCACCCUGUGUUCCUAAGGGGAUUCUUCCUGGGGUCGGUGGGCUGGUCCCCUACGCAGGAGUACUGGCUGUGGGAGUCGGGGACACCGUGGCAUCAGUGUUCGGCAGCACCAUGGGGGAGAUCCACUGGCCCGGCACAAAGAAGACCGUGGAAGGGACUGCAACAUCUGUGUUUGCCCAGAUCAUUGCUGUGGCAAUGUUCCUCAUCUUUGAUGGAAGCAUCAAUCUGAACUCCACCUACUCAUGGAUUGUUGGCUCCAUCACUCUGGUGGCCCUGCUGGAGGCCUACACCUCCCAAAUAGACAACCUCCUGCUCCCUCUCUACCUCUUUAUCCUGCUGCUACUUUAAAUGAACAAACCCCGUAUCUGAAUUUCAGCUAGACGUCUCGUGGGAUUACUAGAAUGGUAGAGUUGAGGAAAAUCUCUUUAAAAAUGUGAAAAGUACCAGAAGCUCUUCGGGACUCGGCAGAAGCCAUUACAAAGAGGGAUAUGUUGAAACUUGACCAUUUAAGGUCAAUCUGCAACUUUUACUCAACAGCAUAGAU